AUGGACAAGUAUUUUCCUCAAUCUCUAAGGGAUUUCAAGGAAAACAAAUUAUUUCACCUCAAGCAGAGUAAUAUGUCCCUGACUGAUUAUGACCGAAAAUUUGACCAACUCUUAACGCAUGCUCCACACCUAGUGGACACGAAAAUUAAGAAGACUCAAAGGUUUGAGCAAGGGUUAAACCCAGAUCUAAGCAUGAUUCUUAUGUCACAUCGUUUCACAUCAUACCGUGAGAUGCUGGAACGAGCUCACGCUAUUUGGUAUCAGAAGGCAAAUGCAGAGCAACACCAUCAAUUGUACAACCACCAGGACAAAGGACAUGUUGAAAAGAGAAAAUGGAAUGGUCAAGACAAAGGAAAAGGCAAUUGGCAAAAUAAGAAGGCUAAUACCGGACCUAGUGCUAGUAAGGGCAUAGUAGCUGCAAUAGCGCCAUGUCCUAAGUGUGGUAAGCCUCAUCGUGGGGAAUAUUUGUAUGGGAAGAAUGUCUGUUUUUGGUGUGGUAAAUCAGAACAUAUUACUAAGGAUUGUUCUAUAUUUACUCAGAAGAAGGAUGAUAACAAUGAUCAAAACAAGAAGGGGAAAGCAUGA